AUGAGCCGAUCUAAAGCAAGUUCCUUAGUUUCAGGAAGUCGAGCGGGAGUGACUAGCCUUCCUUCAAAGGCCAGAUGGGUGCCUUCUGUAUCUCGAAAGAGAUUACUGUUGGCAAGGAGCUACUCUUUCCCUCCACUCCGGGCUGGCAAGCUUAUAUCUCUCGAUAGCUGCGUCGGAUCUUUCCUGAAAGCUGAGGAAGGUGCGAAGCGAACUCAUUUCGUCGCCAGGGUGCAUUCCCUUGCAAAGAAGGUUGACUCUUCAACCAGUCUCCUAUCCUUUGAAAAGGCCCGCAGCCCGGGGCGCUUAGGUUUAGGUCGGCUAAGCAAAUCAGUUUUGCGAAGUAGGACAUCCUAUCCCUUACGUGGUGAGGCACUAGUUUCAAAAGAAUCUCCUAUUGCUAUUGGUUCUUAUGUAUGGGUUCUCUGUUAUGGUAUAAGUGCUGUAAGUAAG